AUGGCCAACGGGAAGGACACUGGCAAGGACGUCACCACCAACCCCUCGACACCGGCACCUGUUAUCAGUGUCGAGCAGCUGCAAUUGCUGAUCGCGCAGCUUCGCGUUUUUGCGGAGCAGGAGGAGGACCGUCAAAUUUGGGAGGCUGUGGACAUGCCUGCGCGCGGAGAGCAGAGGAGUGACCAGACCGCGUCUGACAGGGCCCAUCAGGAACCCACGGAUGGAAAGGGACCCCCGCCGCAUAUUGCAGCGCCUCAGCCAACCGCGUUGGCUGCUGGGUGUGGCGUCGGCGGGUCUGGCAGCGGCGGCCCCAUCAGCGGCGGCUUCCCGAGCGGUGGUGGUGGCGGCGGUGGCGGCUCCGGUGGCAAUCGACCAAGCUGCGGUUGUGGCGUUGGCGUUGGCGGCGGCGGCGAGAGUGGUGUCCGCUGGUACUGUGUGACCAGAGGGCGUGCUGUCGGAGUUUUCGUUGGCUGGCCAAACGUGUCGCCUCUCGUCAUCGGCGUACCUAACUCCGUGUACCAGCGUUACCCAAUGUUUGCUGUGGCGCUGGCAGCUUUCGUGGAGGCGACGGCCAAUGGUACCGUGUUCCUCAUUCUGUAG